GGUUGUCAUUCUUAAUAAUUAAAUCAUGGAAGAAAAUGGUGGUUUUAAUGGAUCUUAAGUUAACUAGCACAUGUUCCACUGCAGAAACACAUGCCCGAAAAGCUAAAACCCUUUGAUAAACUUGUCGCCGGUGCCAAACCACCUUUUCAAUUAAUCCCUGUUGCAAAACCGUGGGUCCUUUUAAGAAAUUAACAUAAAACCCGCUUUGACAUUUUCCGAGUCACCUGACUCUCUCUCUCGUUCUCUCUCGCUCUGAGCUGCCUUCUUCUCUGUUAUUCUCUCCAUUCCAGCUGCCACUUGUCCCUCUGCUUGUUUCUUCAGCUGAUAUUUACUUCACCUCUUUGAGGGUUUUAUCUGCAGAACCUGAAGCAGGAGCCUUUGUCAGAAUUCAAGUAUGGCUAUUGAAGGAGAAGAAGCUUCUGAUAAGGAAAAUGGUGCUGGCAUUUCCACCACCCAAGUUGACCGUUUACCCCAAGAGGAUGUAAAUUCCACUGAGAUAAUUGAAGACACACCUCCUGAUCACCAAUGGAGACGACAAAACCUUGCCUUACAGAUACCCUCAAGAACUAUUGAGAAUGCCAAACAGGAUUUUGUGAGAAUAGACAUGCCCCCAACGCCUAGUCCAACUCCCAAAAGAGUAAACUUUUCCCCAUUACCCAGCCCUUGUUUAAACAAAGUCAGUGGAUCUCCAGGUCCCUCAUCCUCAAAAACCAAGUCAACCAUAAAAGGCCUCCUUCCAAAACUAAGUUUCAAGUAUCAGAACACGACUUCAGAGAUUCGGAAGGCUGCUACUCUUGCACUCGGAGGUACACCUACAGCGACCCGUGAGAAGCCUAUAAUUUCUAGGACAUUUUCCCUUUCAAAGCUUUUAACACCUAGAUUGAAGAAUACGUCAUCCUUGCCUCCAACCCCAAUAUCUCACUCAAAUCCAGAGUCUAUGCAUGGAAGGAACUCAAUUGAUCUGAAAGGAGGAAAACAACUGCCUAUUCAUCGUUCACAUUCAGUCCCUGUGCUUAAUAAAGAUGGGAGUGUAUGUCUAGGUGGUGUCAUUCGAGUAAUUCCUUCCACACCACGAGCGAUGGAGAGAACUGUAUCAAUAACUUCAUGCACCUCCCCGAAAAAUGACAAUGAUGGAAGUGAUGAUGAUGGUGAAGAUAUUGCCGAAGAAGAAGCUGUUUGUCGAAUUUGCUUAGUUGAACUGGGGGAAGGUGCUGAGACCCUCAAGAUGGAAUGCAGCUGUAAAGGUGACCUCGCUCUGGCCCACCAAGAGUGUGCUAUAAAAUGGUUCAGCAUCAAAGGUAAUAAAACAUGUGAUGUGUGCAAGCAAGAGGUCCAGAACCUAUCUGUUACGCUUUUACGAAUUCAAAAUGUUCAAGAACGUAAUCUACGAGGAAACAGAGCACUGCAGCCUGAGGUUACUCAAUAUAGGGUUUGGCAGGAUGUUCCCAUCCUCGUCAUAGUUAGCAUGCUCGCAUACUUCUGUUUUCUUGAGCAGCUUCUGGUAGGAAAAAUGGGAUCAGGUGCGAUUGCGCUCUCUCUUCCUUUUUCCUGUAUAUUGGGUCUUUUGGCAUCCAUGACAGCAACCACAAUGGUGAAAAGAAAAUUUGUCUGGGUUUAUGCAACUAUUCAGUUUUUUCUGGUGGUUCUCUCAGCUCAUCUACUUUAUUCAUUGAUUCACAUGCAGGCAGUUCUGUCAGUUCUUCUUGCCACGUUUACAGGGUUUGGAGUUACAAUGUGUGGGAAUUCUAUUAUUGUUGAGGCUUUGGGAUGGAGGGAAAGAUGGAUUUCUCGGUCAAAUCAACAGCAUAGUACUGCUGCAGUGACACAGCCAAAUCAACCACAACAAACAGAAGCAACUCCUCAGCCGCUUGAAAAUGAAACACAACAAGCUGUAGCUGUUCAUGGAAGCUGAUUCAUAAUCGUCACUUCGUUCAUAUGGUGCAUCUACAGUUUAAACUGCAACUACAAAUUAUCUGUAUUGAGAAUAUUAGCGUUGAUGUAUAUUAACCAUUCCAUCCCUUAAAAAAAGAAAAGUAACAUAUGUUGGUUUGGCAAGUACAGAAGUUAAAUCUUAGGCUAUUACCGAGCACAGAGCUUUCUUACGUGGGACAUUUUUGGCAAAAACCGAUUGUGUUUUUGGGUCUGAAGUUUUAAGGUUACCUUUGUGAUUAAUGAACUGACAGAGCUGAUCUCAUA